AUAACUUAUUAAAUAUUUACUUGAAUCUAUAUUUGUGUUUUGUAAUCCUAAGUAGCAGCAAGUUAAUACUUCUCAAUAGAUGAAAGGGCAGAAAAUGUGUCGACACCAAUAAUUGUAGGGCUGUAUAUUAUACAUGUCAAAAAGCAUCAACGGUUCUUUGGUCCUCAAAAAUUUGGAAUCAAUGUAUUUCACUCACAGGGAAUGGUUUACGUGGAACACGGAAUAAUUUUUUUUAUAUAUAUAAUAAUUUUAUGUUUAGUUUUAGAUGAAUUUGGAAAUAAAAAACAAAUUGCUUGUAAUGAUGAACUUUCAAUUUGAUCGCAUAUAUUUAAACAAGAAACAAAAUAAUGAACUAUCAUCAACCGAUUUCUCAAAUUCCAUCUCACAAUAAUUUGCAGUGUACGGACACACUCUCCUUCCAUUUUAAAUUCUCUCUCUACACAGCAGUUGAAAGGAGGUUACCAUAUAUUUGGGUUUUCUAUAUAAAUCACACUUCCUACUUCAUUCAUUAUCUCUGAAUCCAAAUCCAAACAACAAUGGGCGCUGUUUCUAUUUUGCAUACGGUUUUUGGCAUUUUCGGAGAUGCAACUGGUCUGUUCCUCUUCCUCGCACCAACGAUUACGUUUAAGAGGAUACUGAAGAACAAAUCAACCGAACAGUUCUCAGGGAUUCCGUACCCCAUGACCUUGCUCAACUGCCUACUCUCUGCCUGGUAUGGACUACCAUUCAUUUCGAAAAACAACACACUGGUGACAGUUAUCAACGGAACAGGAGCAGUGAUCGAGUCUAUCUAUGUGUUGAUUUUCAUACUACACGCACCGAAGAAGGAGAAGGCGAAGAUCCUUGGGUUGGUCACCUUCGUUCUCGCCGCCUUCUCUUCCGUCGCCUUGGUUUCCGUUUUUGCACUCCACGGCAAGACUCGCCGGUAUUUCUGUGGUUUCGCCGCCGCCAUUUUCUCCGUCAUCAUGUACGGCUCGCCCCUCUCCAUCAUGAUGACAGUGAUCAGGACGAAGAGUGUGGAGUACAUGCCUUUUUUCCUGUCACUGUUUGUUUUCUUGUGUGGUACCUCCUGGUUUGUAUUUGGACUACUCGGAAACGACCCUUUUGUCUAUGUAUGCAACGGAUUCGGAAGCGUAUUGGGUGCACUUCAAUUGAUCUUGUACGCCAUUUAUAGAAAGAACAAGGGAGGACAGAAGGACGAUAAACCAGCGGCCAAUGAAGGCGGCGGCUCCGCCAUGGAAAUGGGGUUCGUCAAUGGGAAAGAAAAGGCCACCGCCGAACAACCUCAGCAGGAUAACAAUGGAGUGUAAAGGACUCGCCCUGUCGUCGAAUCGUACGGAUUCUGGAUUCAUAUGUUUCUUGUUUUCUUUUUUGUUAGGAAGAAGUUUGUUUUUACCUUUUAAAUUGACACAUGUUCAUGCGGUUUGGCGGUGAAUCUUGCUUUAUUAAAUGGUUUAUAAUUUUUCAAAUCCGUAUCAUCAGAUAUUGAAUAGAUUUUUUAUGAAUUUUACACUAAAUUGUCUUCGGUAUCUAAAUCUUAUGAUGUUGUAAUUAAUUAAUUUUGG